GUCUUUUCUUCGUAGUUAUUGUGCCAUUGUGAGAUUUCGAGUCUAGUGUUCGUUCAACUGGUUGACUACGGAUGCGACUGCAUGAGUCGGUUAGUUUGAUGCGGAGAAGGGCGGCGGAAAACUGUACGACUUUUCCGCCCCCUGUCAUGCGACCUCACCGUCUGAUUCCGCCCCUCUGCCCCUCACUUGGCAACGGGCAUUGUGUUACUUAGCUGAAGUGGGUGAGAAGACACGAUGUUUGCAGGAAUCCUGGAAAGUCGUGUUGAGGGGCUGAGAGGAUCUGUUAUACCACUUUUUCUUGUUGCCCUGGACGGUAUAAGAGUCGGGUCCCAGCGGCAUUGAUUUCUUGUCUAGUUGUCAAAGACUGAAACGGGACUCAUUGCUGUUCCUGCAACUGGGAAAAAGAAAUCCAAAAUGGUUUACAGAUCACUGGGCCUUGUGGCCGCAAUCGCAUCCGCAGGGCGGGUGGCGGCUCUCAACAACGGCUUGGCCAUCACGCCCCCAAUGGGCUGGAACAACUGGAACGCCUUCGCGUGCGACGUCUCGGAGGAUCUCAUCCUCAGCACCUCGGAGCGCGUCAUCAGCCUGGGUCUGCGCGACCUGGGGUACGACCAUGUCGUGCUGGACGACUGCUGGCAGGACGAGAACGGCCGCGAUGCCCAGGGCAAGAUCCAUCCGAACGUUGCAAAAUUUCCCAACGGUCUUAAGCACGUCUCGGACCAGUUGCAUGCUCAGGGACUCAAGUACGGGAUGUACUCCAGUGCCGGCGAGAUGACGUGCGCGAGAUUCGCCGGCUCGCUCGAUCACGAAAAGGAGGACGCCGAGAACUUCGCAUCUUGGGGCGUAGAUUUUCUCAAGUAUGAUAAUUGUUACCAUAUGGGAAGAAUGGGCACGCCGAAGGUCUCCUUUGACCGGUUCAAGGUCAUGGCCGACGCGUUGAACGCGACGGGGCGGCCCAUCGCCCUCAACCUCUGCAAUUGGGGUGAAGACUACGUCCACACAUGGGGUAUGUCCAUCGCCCACGCCUGGCGUAUGUCGGGCGACAUCUACGACUCCUUCACCCGCCCCGAUGACCUGUGCAGCUGCACCACUGCGGCGGACCCUUUCUGCGUCGCCCCAGGAACCCACUGCUCCGUGCUCUUCAUCCUUAACCGUGUCGCCGCCUUCGCUGACCGCAGCAUCCCCGGCGGUUGGAACGACCUUGACAUGCUCGAGGUCGGCCAGGGCGGUAUGACGGACGAGGAGUACAAGGCGCACUUCGCCCUCUGGGCCGCCCUAAAGUCCCCGCUGAUGCUCGGCAACGACCUGCGGGACAUGCCCGCCGAGGCAUUGAGCAUUGUCAACAACCCGGCCAUCAUCGCCCUCAACCAGGACCCGCACGGCCGCAGCGUGCUGCGGGUGCGAAGGAACGUCGGCGGGGGGUUGACGCCGGACGAGUACGGCGUCGCGGAGACGCAGGUGUGGAGCGGAAGAUUGGAGAACGGCGACCAGGCCGUCAUCUUCCUCAACGCGGCGGGCGCCGAAGUCGAGAUGGAGUCGUCGCUGGCCGAGAUCUUCGUGUCGGACGGCCCGGGCGGCGCGGCGCCGCAGGUCAAGUCCAAGUGGGCUGUCCACGACCUCUGGGCCGACAGGAUGUCGACCGAGACGGCCGAGUCGCUGUUCGCCGCUGACAGUCACGAAUCGAGGGUCAAGAUUCUCCAGAAGGUUAACUGGUACAAUGCCACGGAGAUCCCUUACGCCGUUGGCUUGGAGAAGGAGGACCCGAGACUUUUUGGCAGGAAGAUUGGCGAGGUGGAGGCCAAGGGCGUGUUAAAGACCAAAGUUCCUAGCCACGCGGCCAAGGUCUUCCGCCUGAGGAGAAUCGCGACGCCCGGUGAUGGUUUCAAAACUAAGAGCCACGACCGCACUCAAAGGGUUGUCAAGGAGGAGCUGUGAAUGAGCGUGCCGCUGCGUGGUGGCAGAACACGUAUCCUCCUACGAAGGUAUUAAGACUAUAGAAAGGGUGUCAAGGACAUUGAGGAGAUCAUGGGUCCGAUGAGAACUAUUAACUGGGCACGAUGCUUCAUAGCUCUCGAGUCUACGGCAGUGAAACUUGGGUUAUAUCGAUAGAGGUAGACUGGAUAUACAAUAUCGUGGUCACGUUAGAGGCCAUGAGCACGAUCGUUUUGCACUAGCAUCUAUAAACAACAUAUCAGGCAAUCCUGUUCUUGUAGGCGGAUACCAAACAUGACAAAUCAAGGGCAGUUGCUAUCUCUAGCUACAUAUAAUGUAGCUAACCCAACAGACACUUAUACAGCAACAGC